UUUAGUAAUUCUCGUGUGUCUCUGAACCUAGAAGCUAGAAGGAUAGAAGACAAUAAAAAAUCUCGGCACCCUGCACCCUUCCCCAUCUGGGAAAUGGCAGCCACGGCAUCCGCAGCAUCCGCUGUCUCGCUCUCAUGUAAACCUAUUCGCACUUCUGCACCCACUGAGCUUUCUUCAUCGGGGUCAUUGUUCUUCAGCGGCAACAAGACUGGGCUCAAACGGAGUUUUGGUCUGAGAGCUGCUAAGAUUAGUAGCAAUGGCAGAAAGGGCCUUUCUUGCAAUUCCCUGUUCGGGCUUGGGGUACCGGAGCUGGUGGUUAUAGGUGGCGUCGCGGCUCUUCUCUUUGGCCCUAAGCAAUUGCCCGAAAUAGGGCGCAGUAUUGGCAAGACUAUCAAGGGCUUCCAGCAGGCAGCAAAGGAAUUUGAAACAGAGCUGAAGAAGGAACCUGAUUCUCCACCUGACCCACAUGCUGAAGUUGAAGAACAUGGCCAAGAAAAUAGCAAAGAAACUUAGUAAAAUGCGACAACGAUCCCUUCAUUUGCUGCUGCUACUAGUUUUGCUAGCUAGAUAAGUCGUUCACUGUGGAUUAUUAGUCAUAUUUACUACACAUUGCCUUGUCAGCUUGCUUGUGGAAUAUACAGUAUGUGGUUUUAUUGGUUGAGUUCUUCUUACAGUAUAAUAGUAGAUCACUCUGUUCACUCACUAGCUACUGAGGCUUUUCUUUAUUUUCACAAAAUCAUUGUGUUAUUUAAUGAUUCCAAUGUUACUUCAUGUGGUUUUAAUGGGUC